AUGUUGCUGCUGUUGAUAUGUGCUCCAGCCGCAUUGAUUCAUAUAAUUGUUGCUGUGGUUCUUUUUGGUAAUAGGCGGGGGUCAAUCUCUACCUAUCGGUUUGGUAUCCCCGUCGUCUACAGACAAUGUGAAUUGCUCCGUUUUAUGCGGCCUCUACCCUUGCUGGACUCUAUGUGCUUCAACACCAAUGUAUUCUCUGAGCUUGUUUUUGCCAACAAUUGUUCGUGGGAUGGGAUACGCAAGGGAUCCAAUAAUUUUGGCGGACACACGAAACGCGCUGUUGCUAUCAGCUUUGGAUCUGCCGUAGGAAACGCGGGAGGCAUAAUAAGUGGUCAGAUUUAUGUCGACGACGAUGGUCCAUAUUAUACCUGA